GAAGAAGAAGAAGAAGAAGAAGAAGAAGAAGAAGAAGAAGAAGAAGAAGAAGAAGAAGAAGAAGAAGAAGAAGAAGAAGAAGAAGAAGAAGAAGAAGAAGAAGAAGAGGAAGUUACGCCUCCUACUACAAGUUACGCCUCCGUCUUGCAGGACGCAGACAGACCCUACUCUACGAUCGUGUACUACACGUAGUUCUUUCCUUGAGAGACACCAUGGCUCGCAAACGAGCGAAGCAUAGCAGUUGCUUAGUGUUUGGAUGUACAAAUGAACACAAAAGUCUAUAUUUUGUUCCUUCCUCCGAGCCGCUGAAGAACCAGUGGGUUAAUUUUAUUGUCUCUGGAAAUGUGCCAGUCUGCGCCAAACAUUUCACUGACGACUGCUUCCUCAACUUGGGCCAAUACAGAGCUGGACUUGAUCAACGUCUGAGAAUCAAGUCUGGAUCAGUACCAACUCUCCAUGGCUCAGCUACAAACCUCGAAAAAGCCAGCUCAUCAAGUGCUUACAUUCAGCAGCUUCUCUCAAGGGAUGUUGCCUGCCAGACAGACCACCUGGAAACACGUACUGUAGGCACACAGCUAUCCUUAAAGACUUUGCAGCCCCAUUUUAAAAGUGAAGAAGACUGCGAUGCCUUUGGAGACCGUAGCACUCAACGUGGCGCCACCUCAGAGAUUCUGGGUGUGGACGCCCCUGGCUCCUCCCACAUGUCCAGCCACAGCGAGGAGCUGAAGAUUCUGAGCGUCUACGGAAAAGGGGAGGGCCCACUGGCGGUGGACGGCCAUGACACCCUCUUCACCGCGUCAGAAGUGGAGGCCCUGAACUCGCUGCCUGCGGACCACAGCGCGGCCAAGAGCCUGGAGCGCGGCGAGCGGCUGAUCUGCCACGAGGAGCUGCGUGUGCAGCAGCAGACUCCAGACACCAUUUCAAUCAAGGUUGAAGAGGAUAUUGGUGGAGGCUUGCCCGCCGUGGAAGACUGCGAUGCCUUCGGAGACCGUAGCACUCAGUGUGGCGCCACCUCAGAGAUUCUGGGUGUGGACGCCCCUGGCUCCUCCUCCCACAUGUCCAGUCACAGAGAGGAACUGGUGCAGCAAACCCCAGACACCAUUUCAAUGAAGCUUGAAGAGGAUAUUGGUGGAGGCUUGCCCGCUGGAGAAGACUGCGAUGCCUUUAGAGACCGUAGCAAUCAGCGCAACGCCACCUCAGAGAUUCUGGGUGAGGACGCCCCUGGCUCCUCCCACAUGUCCAGUCACAGCGAGGAACUGAAGAUUCUGAGUGUCUACGGAAAAGGGGAGGGCCCACUGGCGGUGGAUGGUUGGUGGAAGGUUUCUCCCAACAAUGCCAAUAUGAUCGUACACAUGAGGACCCGACCAGACGAGAAGCCGUACGGGUGUGACCAAUGCACGAAGAGCUUCAGUCAGAAAGGCAACCUGAAAAUCCACAUGAGUACGCACUGCGGGGAGAAGCCCUACAGGUGUGACCAAUGCGCAAAGCACUACAGUCAAAGCUACACCCUCAAGAUGCACAUGAGGACCCACACCGGCGAGAAACCCCACAGGUGUGACCAAUGCAGGAAGCGCUUCAGUCAAAGUGAACACCUGAAGAGCCACAUGAAGACUCACACCGGGGAGAAACCCUACAGCUGUGACCAUUGCAAAAAGUGCUUCGCUCGGCAUGGCGACCUGAACGUCCACAUGAGGACUCACUCCGGCGAGAAGCCCUACAAGUGUGACCAAUGCACGAAGCGCUUCAGUCGGACAAGCCACCUGAAGAGCCACAUGAUGACUCACUCUGGCGAGAUGCCCUACAAGUGUGACCAAUGCACGAAGCGCUUCAGUUGGACAAGCAGCCUGAAGAACCACAUGAGGACUCACUCCGGCGAGAAGCCCUACAGGUGUGACCAAUGCACGAAGCGCUUCAGUCAUGGCUCCUCCCUGAAGAUCCACAUGUCGACUCACACCGGGGAGAAGCCCUAAAAGUGCGACCAAUGCACGAAGCGCUUCAGUCUGACAAGCAGCCUGAAAAUCCACAUGAGGACUCACUCUGGGGAGAAGCCCUACGUGUGUCUGCAGUGCAACGUUGGCUACAGCGACCCAAGCAAUUUGCGUGUGCACAUGCUCAAGCACACUUUGACGCGGGGUAACGGGACGCUUUGAUUGAGACCUCUGUCCUGUAUUGGUUGAAAUUACUGCUUUUAGUUUUUCUUUUCAUCACGAUUAAACGCUUCGUACCUUCGAUUCACUUUCUGUUUUUAUUAAUUGAUGUCCGUGUUGAAUAACUUAUUUCUAGGACACUUCUGACAGCAAAAUAUUUGAUUUAAUGUAGAGCUUGAUCAGGGGAAGAUACAGGAAGCGAAGUUACCAAGCAUACAGUCAAUGAGACGAUGGGUGUACAUGAUUCUUAGAGGAAACGUUGACAUCGUGGGUAAAUACAAAAGAAACAAAGGUCAGGGGGAGGGGCCUUCGUGGAGUUUAGGAUUGGUCAGAGGAGAGACCAAGUUAAAUUGCAAUUCACAAUAUGGGUGAAGUGGACAUGGCUGCAAGACAGUUAAAGGAAUCUAUACAACAAAGAAGUCUGUGGAUUGGCUUGAUUAUCAAACUUGGUGCCCACAGUUGCAAAUGCAAACUAUCUUGACACCUUUCAAUUAGAGAGGACGGGAGGUAUCUCUAGGUCCAUGGAGAAUGCAUAGAAAUUCAUUGAAAUUGACAAAUUAUUCAAACUGGGUUCAUAUAAUUUGUAUAUUAAAGUUAUGCUUGACAUUGCCACAACAUUGUCAUUACCGUUAUCUUUGUUAUUACAAAAAGCCUGCAAAGUUCACUUGUGAAAUUGACUGCUAUUGAACCGCACAUUAUACAUGAUUGUGUUCAUUCCACUUACCUUUCCAUUCCGUUUGCUUAAUGCUAACUACCUUGGAUGGAUUGUAUCAUAAUAGGCGAUAAU